GCGGAGGCGCCUCGUGCGCGCGGUUAUUUAUUUAUUUCCGGGCCCAGAGCGCUUAUAAUGGAGCCGCUGUCAGCAGAAGCUUCUGCUGCCGCCGCCGCCGCCGCCGCCGCCGCCGCCGCCGCCGUCCCUGUCCCUCCUCUCUUUCUCCCCGGCAGAUCUUUGUUGUGUGGGAGGGCAGCGGGGAUGGACUUGAGCUUGCAGCUCUCCUGCUAGAGCAGCCGCGCUUGGAGAGGGCGCCACCGCCGCCGCCGCGAGCAGCCGCCGCCCCAGGCCCCGCCGGCCACGGCCUCGGUCCCCGCGCCCUCCGCGCUCCGCGCGCCUCCCAGCACAGUGCCCUCGCGGCGGCAGAUGAGUGUGGGGUCAGCCCACGGCGGGGACUAUGGUGAAAUUCCCGGCGCUCACGCACUACUGGCCCCUGAUCCGGUUCCUGGUGCCCCUCGGCAUCACCAACAUAGCCAUCGACUUCGGGGAGCAGGCCUUGAACCGGGGCAUCGCUGCAGUCAAGGAGGAUGCAGUGGAGAUGCUGGCCAGCUAUGGGCUGGCGUAUUCACUGAUGAAGUUCUUCACGGGGCCCAUGAGUGACUUCAAAAACGUGGGCUUGGUGUUUGUGAACAGCAAGAGGGACAGGACCAAAGCCGUCCUGUGCAUGGUGGUGGCCGGUGCUGUUGCCGCCGUCUUCCACACCUUGAUAGCCUACAGUGAUUUAGGGUACUACAUCAUCAACAAGCUACAUCAUGUGGAUGAGUCUGUGGGGAGCAAAACACGAAGGGCCUUCCUGUAUCUUGCUGCCUUCCCUUUUAUGGAUGCCAUGGCAUGGACCCAUGCUGGCAUUCUCUUAAAACACAAAUACAGUUUCCUGGUGGGAUGUGCCUCAAUCUCAGAUGUCAUAGCUCAGGUUGUCUUUGUAGCCAUUCUUCUUCACAGUCACCUGGAAUGCCGAGAGCCGCUGCUCAUCCCCAUCCUGUCUCUGUACAUGGGUGCGCUUGUGCGCUGUACCACACUGUGCCUGGGCUACUACAGGAACAUCCACGACAUCAUCCCGGACAGGAGCGGCCCAGAGCUGGGGGGUGAUGCAACCAUAAGAAAGAUGCUGAGCUUCUGGUGGCCUCUGGCUCUGAUUCUGGCCACACAACGAAUCAGUCGGCCCAUUGUCAACCUCUUUGUGUCCCGGGACCUUGGUGGCAGCUCUGCUGCUACAGAGGCAGUAGCAAUUCUGACAGCUACAUACCCCGUGGGUCACAUGCCAUAUGGCUGGUUGACAGAAAUCCGUGCUGUCUACCCUGCUUUUGACAAGAAUAACCCCAGCAAUAAACUGGCGAACACAAGCAACGCCGUCACUUCGGCCCACAUCAAAAAGUUCACCUUUGUCUGCAUGGCACUGUCAUUGACGCUCUGUUUUGUGAUGUUCUGGACCCCUAAUGUCUCUGAGAAGAUUUUGAUAGACAUCAUUGGAGUGGACUUUGCCUUUGCAGAACUCUGUGUCAUUCCUCUGCGUAUCUUCUCCUUCUUCCCAGUGCCAGUGACUGUGAGAGCCCACCUUACUGGAUGGUUGAUGACACUUAAGAAAACCUUUGUCCUAGCACCCAGCUCUGUGCUUCGGAUCAUCGUCCUCAUCACCAGCCUCGUGGUCCUGCCUUACCUGGGGGUCCAUGGAGCCACACUAGGUGUGGGCUCCCUUCUAGCAGGGUUUGUGGGAGAAUCUACCAUGGUUGCCAUUGCAGCAUGCUAUGUCUAUCGGAAACAGAAAAAGAAGAUGGAGAAUGAGUCAGCCACGGAGGGGGAAGACUCGGCAAUGACUGACAUGCCUCCAACAGAGGAGGUGACAGACAUCGUAGAAAUGAGAGAAGAGAAUGAGUAAGCACAGGCCACCAGGGGCACUGCAGGGACAGUCAAGACAACAGUGUCAUCUCUUUCCUCCUCCCAUCAAGCUGUUUUCUGUUUUUUUAAUUUUUAUUUUUGGUUAUGAAAGAGGCCUUGAUUUAAAGGUUUCGUAUAAAUUCUCUAGCAUACUGGGUAUGCUCACUGAUGCGGGGACCUAAAGAAAGGUCUUUACUGUCACUUUGUAAACACAGAACCGCUGACUUCAUGACCCUGCUUCAUAAAAACCCAAAAGAUAGAGCCCCAUCUUGGUCGACCUUUUACUCCCUUGGACAAUCUCCACUUUGGAACCAAAGGACUUGGGUUGUGUCAUUCCCUCUUGGGCCACAGACUCUUUCCUGUUCAUGUUUGCCUCCUACGAAUCAACAAGUUGAAGUUCAGCCUCUUUUGACUUGCUCCCCAAUACUGUGGCUGUAAGAGAUGUGACCUGCUGGCCAUUGCACCCCCUCUCGCUCUGGAGUCAUGAACUAUCUACGGCAUACACACCGGUGGGCUCCUAGAGGAAGAGUUGGUGGCCACACUGGGCCAACCUAAUGGAAAUUUAACCUGUAGAAAUUGGGUCAGAGUCACAAACUGACUUGAUCAUCAGCAUCUCACAUUGUUUUCCUGGUUUCACUGAGUUGCCGCACCCUACAGUGUAUAUACAUGAGCUGACUUUUCAGAGUUGUCACAGAAGUGGGGCUCCAAACGUUAGCAUCCUUCCGCAUGACUUUCCCUGAAGGCGUGCUUUCCACUUGCCUUCCCUGAAGAUGGCACUAGAAUGAGAGAAGUGGAGCGUUCUAACUGUCCAUUUCGUUUUUUUCCAGUGAGCAGAGCUUUAAGUUGUAAUCUAGCAUUCUAAUGCCAGGUUCUUGUCUGUAACUUCUGAUUUAGAUGUGUUCCCUGUUUCUGCCGCUCUCAGUCACAGCUCUGCAGGGCAGGUAACUGAAUGUCCUACGGCACUCCCCUCCACACCAUAAAGCAAGACAUUUUAUAGACAGUAUCAAAGUCACUAUGUGAUACCCCUGAAAUAAUGCAUUGGAAAUCCAUUUAGUGCAGUAUAUUUUUCUAAGUUUUGGAAAGCGGGUUUUUUCCUUUAAAAAAAAUUAUGGGUACAGUACACUAAAUUCCUGAUUUAGACAAAAUAACUAGACUGAAAGAACCUAAACAAAACAAAUAUUUUAAAGAUAUAAAUAUAUGCUGUAUAUGUUAUGUAAUUUAUUUUAGGCUAUAAUACAUUUCCUAUUUUCGCAUUUUCAAUAAAAUGUCUCUAAUACAAUUCAGUGAUGGCCUGCGUCCUCCACACACCUACAGCUCACUUAUGUUGUACCAGUGACCGUUGUAUGUUACUUACACCAGUUUUACAAGUCCUUUAUGUAUGAAUGUAAGGGCCUGUAAUGCCAAGAAAAUAUUACGUGAUGGGCAACCUAGGGAGAAAAUGGGUCCACUAGUAUAGACAAGUAAAAGUUGGAAGGGCAAAGGGAAAAAGGGAAACAAAAAGGCAGGCCUCUUGUGUUUAUUUUUUUCCCUGUUGUGUAAUCCUAAUGUUAAGACUGCAAAGGCAAAGGUUGCCUGUCAGCUACACAGGCUUGCAUUCCCAUUUCUGGAUACCCAAUGCCCUUCAUAUGUGCCCACCAUGGGAGCAGGUCCUGUGUGCUUCUGUAGCUGCUUGUGGGUAAUUUCAGGGGCAGAUCUGAGAAGAUAACUAAAAGUCUUAAUUGUAUUGGCUUUUUAAAGUACAUGACUAGAAAAUUAAACAGCAGUAUUUUUUAAAA